UAAGUGUAUAAAACUAGUGGAAAAGUAAAUAAAAUAUGCAGUUGUAAUCAUGAAGCAUUUCAUUACUAUCCUCCUCCUUCCUUCUCUAGCAUACAGUUCAAUGCUGGACCGAAAACACUCUGGAUCUUCCGAAAGUGGUUCAUUCGAGUCUCAUGAAUAUAACCCAGAAGGUCUCUGUAUUGAUGGUAUGUCUAUCCAUGCUAUCUGUAUAGCUGGAUCUAACCUGGAAGGAAAGAUGGCUGAAGUAAUGGCAACCUGCAUGAAUCCAACCCAAGCAGCAGGUAGAGGAACGGGGAAAGGAAAGGGGAAAGGAAAGGGAAAAGGAAGUAAAGAAAAAAAUCCCUCCUGUCCUACUUUUGGUGAGAUUACUGAAAAGCUUGAAGACAAGUUUGGAUAUAUUGGGUGCAUGCUGCAGACCCUGGGAUGGGUUGAUGAGAACUAUGAGCAAGUUAAUGAAACCAUUAAUGAAGAUAUUGCCUCCCUGACUUUGUCUGCUGACCUAUCUGAAGAGAGUAUCCAAGACUGUAUUGCUGAUGAGUUUGAUGAUAUUAGACAAAGCCGUGAAGCUAAACUUGUUGAAAGCUGUAUUGAGAACUAUUCUGAAGAAGAGAUGGCUCUUCUCUCAAAUAUUGUUUCCGGAAUUGCAGGAUUCAAAUGCUUCACCCAGGCCUUCGAUGAGACCUGUAGAUCAUGGGUUGAUUUCAACUUUGUUCAACCUCUUAUCCAAACUCUUCUCAUGGGACCGGGAAAGUAGAAUUAAUCUUUCAAAACUGUUUUUCAUUUUAUUUACAAUUUUUCCAAGGGCAAAUAAAAUAUAAGCAAAUUU